AUGUUCGAACGUGUCCGUCCUCAGCGAGUUCUCGAGGCUUUGCAGUGGUUAAAGGAUAACAACCCCCUAUAUAGAGAAGCCGAUACGAGCAAUGCCGAAAACUGGGCCAGGACCGUUCAGGGUUCCCCUCUGAACGACUCGGAUAGUUCGAUGCCCAUUGAGGGUGAAAUGGAUUCCAGCCAAUGCGAUUCGGACUCAGAGGAUGAAGUUUCUGUUAACAAUGUGGCCCCAGUCCCUACCGUUAUGAUACCUGAUGAGAACCCACCGGAAAGUGUCAUCCGUCAACUCGCCCGGGGUACUGCGAGGGUCACUGUUGCGUGCAUGGCCCCCGCGGAAAAUGAACAGCCAGUGUCAUUGUUGAGAAAUAAUGACUCCGAAACUCUCUCGUUCCCCCACCUUCUUCCCAUGGGUCGAUGGGGGUUGACACAUGCACGCGACUGUCGAAUCAGCGCUCAGCAAUACUUCGAGAGUAGACUGCUGCACGAGGAUCCACGAUUCAGGCAAGACUAUGAAUAUGCCUUUUACGCGCUUAGUGCAAGAGAGUAUCGUGCAGUGGUAGACAACGCUGCAAUAGCCAUGAAGAAGACUACAUCUGCGGAUAGCGGGUCCAGCCGCUUGACCGCCGGGAGGGCUCUCGCAGCCGAUGUGAGCAAGGUUCCGGACCUUUUCAGCUGGCUGAACUCGAUUAAAGGUACGGGCGCUUAUUGGCGCAAGGUUCGGCUUGAUCUCACGGCCAUCCUUCGCCGCUUCGGCCCGCCGCAAUGGUUUUUGACACUGUCUGUAAACGAAGUUGGCUGGCCCGAACUCGAGGAUGGCCGGGGACAUAUUGACCCCAGCGAGAUAUCCGAAGUCGAAAAGAGGGUGUUACUUGCUAAGCACUUCCUGAUUGCGGCACGCUUCAUCAAGAGGCGGCUUGAUACCUUCAUGCGGAAUACGGCAGAAGGCUCGGAUGGUGACGACAUUCGGAGAGGUGCCCCUCAAAUCACCAUACAUCUCCGCCGAGCGGCAGAGGAGGAACGGAUCAAUGCGUACAAUGCGACCAUCUUAGCCGCCUGGGGAGCGAACAUGGACCUCCAGUACUGUUGUUCCAUGCACCAGGCUGUUAAUUACGUCACGAAAUAUGUCGCCAAGCAGGAGAGCGGCAAUUCACCCGCCAUUGAGGCUCUAGCUCGGGAGGGUUCGAACAUUGACAAUGACUACAGCAAGUUGCGUCGUAUUGGCAAUGCGAUCCUCAACUCGAGGGAAGCGUCUGGGCAAGAGGUGAUGUACCAACUGGGGGGCAACUCAAUGAACUUGAAAGAACUCAGUGUUGUGGUCAAGUUCGUUCCUUCCACGCAUCCGGCGGAGGAUGGCAAGCGAUUCCGCUUUCUGAAGCCAAAGGCGAUCCUCUCAGAAUUACCUGAAGACUCUGAAGAUAUCUUCGAUGACGGUAUCCUAGAGCACUACCAGCGUCGUCCUACUGAUGUGGAAUCCUUAACGCUCGCCGACUUUGUAACCGGAUACGAUCGUUCUCAGAAGGGAAGGCCGUCAAGCGAUUCUGCGAUUCGUUGUGGUAAUGUGAACUUCCGGAAGCGCACAACCCCUGCGGUUUUAAGGACUUACAGGCCAAGUGGACCUAAUCUAUCCCCGGAAGCGGAAAUCUCUCGCAAGGUCAGCUUCCUAGUCCUUUACCACCCUUGGAGGAACCCCACCGACAUCCCUCCAUCGGACGACACCGACGCCAUUCUUCACCUAUUCAAUACCAGCCGAGAGUUAAUUCUAGCGCAAAUAGAAUCACAUGAGCCAUAUGGGAUUAAACUAGACCAAGCUGUCGCCGAUGAGGACCCAGAGGACCCAGUGUCUUCCUGCUCGGAGGAAGACACCUCUGAACGCAACCGCGAUGAGGCUUAUCAGGAUCAAGUUGAUAUCGGCCGGGACGUGUACGAUUCUGAAGGCGGGGCCAACGUAGUAGUCGACGUCGAUCAACACAAGUUCAUCAUUACUGACGAGGCUUUCACUGCUCUUCUUGAGAAGCUUAACGAAGAUCAAGCUCGAAUAGUCGACGAAGUUCGACAGCAAGCACGGAAUAUCUAUGCUGCUACUGAGGAAAUAGCAGCACGACCCAAGCCGAUACAAUGGUUCUUGACCGGAGGGGCGGGGGUCGGUAAGAGUUUUGUUAUACAUGUGAUAAGGAACCUUGUUCAGAGGGAGUUGCAUCUCAUGGAUUUCCCGAAAAGAGUUGGCUGUCUCGUCACAGCAACGACCGGCUGUGCAGCAUUUGCGAUCCAGGGGGCCACACUUCAUACUACUUUCCAUCUACCGCUUACAGUCGGGACCUAUCAGAGUAUGGAACCUCUUUCACAGGCGAAGGUGGAAGAAGUCAGAGAGUCCUUUCUGGGAGUCGAGUUCCUCAUCAUCGACGAGGUAUCUAUGCUCGGCUAUCCGGGGCUGGUGGCCGUACACCAACGUCUGCAACAGAUUCGGGACUGUGAGGAUUGGUUCGGUGGCGUUAAUGUGAUAUGCGUCGGCGAUAUGUUCCAGCUUCCUCCGGUCAUGCAGACGCCAGUUUACGGACAACUCAGAGGGUUGGCUGGUAUGAAACAGUUGGCCGUUCAUUUGUGGAAAGACCUCUUCGAAAUUCGCGAGCUUCGAGAGAUUAUGCGGCAGCAAAAUGGAUCAGCUUUCGCUGAGGCUCUGAAUCGUUUGCGUCUCGGAGAGUCAACGGAAGAUGAUCUUCGUCUUUUCCGUUCGCGGAUUGUCAACUCAGCUCCACCUGAUUGUCUACGACUCUUCCGGACUAACGCGGCUUGUGACGCAUAUAAUACGGAAAUGCUAAGCAAAACCCGUGGAGUGGCAUACGAAAUAGUGGCUAAAACUACUCCUGGCAUCACAAUCACGGAUGUUCAAGCGGGUGGUGUCCGGGAGGUCCUUACAUUGAAGACUGGCUGCAGGAUAAUGAUCGUACGAAAUGUUGACAUUGAAAGAGGCAUUGUUAACGGGGCAACUGGUACACUCGUGAAGAUCUUGACAAAAUGCCGGUAUGAUGCUCAAACAACAGUUGAAUGCUUGAGUUCCGAUGUCAUGUACGUGAGCAUUGCCCUUGACGACUCCGACCAGACUGUGCAAGUAUCACCACUCAGCGUCAAGUUCAUGGUGCGUGGCAAGACGGUUACGAGACUCCAACUGCCUCUCGUCCUUGGAUUUGGUUGUACCAUUCACAAGGCGCAGGGAAAAAGCCUUUCGACGGUGGCAGUCGACCUUAGGCAGCCGGGGACAGCGAAGCUGCCGCCGACUCCGGGCCUCGUUUAUGUUGCCCUGUCGAGGGCAAAAUCCCUUGAUGGCUUGCAUAUCAUAGGCGGUCUCACGGAAGAUCUGAUCUCCACGUCGUGUAGGGCCAGAGCUGAAAUGGCGCGACUGAGAGAGGCCGUAAGCACUCACGAGUCUCCUCCAUCUCAGUAG